GCUGAUGUGUCCUGGCUACCAUGUUGAGAAAAACUUCACUUCCCAUCAGUUCUUUGGCAACGCGUCAUUGCUACGAUUUACGUUGUCUGUGCACUAUCAUUGGUGGCUCGGUUGUCACUACGAAGCAGCGGUAAAGGACAUAUCGAAAGAAGUAAGGUUGUACACAAACUAGUGUUUUAGUAUCCAAAUAUUUCCAAAGUUUGACAAUGUAUCUGCAUAUGAAUUAAUAUCGGUAGCAAACAUACAUGCUAGUAGAGAUUCUAUUAUGCGAUUCGGUGUGCAUAUAGGCUGCUGUGGUGCACUGCUCUCGUAACAUUGAUGCUAGGCUAUGUUGCUCUGACUUGCACUCUUGUGGGACUGGCUUAGCCUACUAGUUACCCAACCGACACACAAAAUGUACAGAAGAAAGUCAAAUAUGUGAUCUAUUGAAAUGGGAAACAUUGUAGCAACGUUGGGACAAUUAACCACGGUGUUCCCCUGAGGAAUUCAGCUAAGCUAGGAUAGGCUAUUGUAUGGAAGAACAGCUUAAAUCAGAUACCACUUGGCCAUUUUUUUACAACCUUCAAACUGUACGGUCAUUGGUUACAUGUGUUUUGCAACAAUGCUCUUUUUUUUUUUUUUACAUGUACAGCGCAGCAGAAUGAUCCUUUAAUCUAAUAUGACUAACUUGCUACAUUUGUAUCAUAGGCACGUGCCCACUGACAAUUGUUCUGCAGUGGGUGUGUGGUGAAUGUCGAUAGUACCGUUCUCCCUCAUUACGUCGUUAUGUGUUCUAAUCUAGAUGACUGACUGGGUCGGAUACGGGUAUGCAGCCCUCAUUGCAUCCGGGGGAGCGAUGGGCUAUGUCAAAGCACGUAAGUUUAUUAUUGUGCCAUCCGGUUUACUCAAUUAUAUAGUUAUAUAGCCAUUUACAGGUGAGUUUAAUGCAUUCUAUCAUAUUUCUAGUCUUGUGCUUCCCCAUACUUGAUAAUGAACUGGUAACCAAGUUACCACUCACCCUGUACUUCUUUUGGUGUCUCCAGGCAGUGUCCCCUCCUUGGCAGCAGGUCUUCUAUUCGGGGGCCUAGCUGGGGUUGGUGCCUACCAGAUAUCACAAGAUCCCAAAAAUAUUUGGGUGUCACUAGGUUGGUGAACUUAAGUGUUGGUCCUUACUGUUUUAUGAAUGUACUCUAUCACUAAGUAGUUUCUGUCACAUCUAGACUCACCAACCAAUAAAGCAUGCUUGCAACAGGCCUCCCAUCGCCCAGACCUCUCUUGAUCACCACUAACCGACUUCUAGCUACUCAUGAUAAUUAGGUCUACAAUAGACAAAAGGUGUAAUGUGUCCGCACUCAAAAAGAUGUUGCAUAAAGCUUACUUCACUUUUCAAUUUUAAUUUACAUUUUCACUGCAUCAGGAAUAGCGUACACAGAGGUGCAACAUUACACCUUUUGUUUGUCUGAAUUCGCGGGUUUUACGCACCAGCCAAGCUUCUGGGAGAGCAUGAUGGUCCCCUAUUGAGUAGGUCUACAAUAGGCCUAAUAUACUGUACUGAGAGUAAUUUCCCCCCUGUAUCAAACAGUCACAUCAGGAGCCCUGGCAGGUGUGAUGGGAAAGAGAUUCUACGGCUCCAGGAAGAUUAUGCCUGCUGGACUGAUGGCAGCAGCAAGGUAGCUGAGAUGACCAACUCCUUACUUUGUUUCAGGAGUAGGUCAUAGGUAUGCAUUCAGAUGAUACAGUAAAUUAUCUUAAGGUACUUAAUGUGUUAUUUUCUCUUCUUUGUCUAGUAUCCUUAUAGUAGGAAAGCUCGGUGUUGGAAUGCUGCUGCAGAAGCCCCAGGAGUCAUAGUGCAUUGAUAUGAACACUUUCAGACACUGAUGUAAAAAUCACUAUCCUCUCUUUAUUUUCUACUGUCUUGUAUUGUUCAGGUACAACCUGUCAUCAGUCAUAUGUGGAUGUUAUUUUGUAAAAAUUUAUAAUUGAACACUGAUUAUAAUAUCUUAUAAAAUGACAAGGACUGUUGUGCGUUUUUGUUCAUAUUGUUACACAGAUUGUCAUUACAUGUUCCAAAAGUUACAAGAGAUGAAUGAACCGUGAAGUUGUGUAAAAGGUUUAUAAAAUGGCCAGUGUUUAAUAGCUGCAUCUUAAGUGUGGAUUGUCAUAAUACAUAAUAUAAUAGAAGUCAAUACCUCUUUAGCCACUGAUACAGUAAGUGGCUAUUCAAGAGAUGAAAAUUAGUGAUAAACCUUUACAAUAACAGUUUUAGGAAACAUUUCCUAGUAGAAUUUCCUUUGAGUUGAGUAAUGUAAACAAAGUUUAAAAAUAGAAACAGAAUAACUACAUUAUAAAAAUCUAGAAUACAAAAUCCACCAUUAUAUUGGUUCUAAUCUUAUAAAACCGAUUGUAAGAGGGAUGUCAUGUUUCUACAUUAGACUCAAUCCAGACAGCACCCAAUGGCCUUCAUUCAGGACAUGGUUGUCUUUGAGGGAUACUUUAGAGCAGCCCUAUCAACCAGUCUAUCAGAAAUUACCAUAGCUCAGUGUUUCCCAACUCCGGUCCUCGAGUACAUCCAACAGUACAUAUUUUUGUUGUGGCCCCAGACAAGCACACCUGAUUCUACUUGUCAACUAAUCAUCAAGCCCUUGACAAGUUGAAUCAGGUAU